AUGACGAACGUCGAUGAGCUCUUCAAGAAACCCCUGUCGAUAGGAACCGGAAAGCGCAAAUUAGAACCGGCCCACGACCCAAACGAGCUCUAUAAAGCGGCCAAAUUAGAAUCCAAUGGAGAUGUGAAGUCGAAAGGAAAAGCGCCUAUGGUGGAAGACGAAGAGGAAGAUGAUGGUGAAGCUGGCCCGGAGCUGCCCCCCGAUUUCGAGGAGGACGAACCAGACGAUGAAGAGGGACGAUUCUUCGGCGGAGGAAUGGAGCGCCAGACGGCAGACGCAAUGCAGUAUAUCGAUCAACAGGAUGCGGAAGAAGGGCAACCCGAGAAAUUCGACUCUGCUUGGGUGCGCCGGUUCGCGCUCAACUUUGAGAGGAAGAUAUCCAAGAAUGCAGAGCUGCGAGGCAAAUUCGAAAAUGACCCUCAGAAGUUCAUGGCAUCUGAGGCUGAUCUGCAUACGGAGAUCAAAAACCUGUCUAUCCUAUCCGAGCGCCCAGAGUUGUACGGCGAAUUCUCGAAAAUGGGAUGCGUCGGCUCUCUGAUUUCGCUGCUAUCGCACGAGAACGCGGACAUCGCUAUAGAUGCUAUUCAAAUUAUCAGCGAGUUGACGGAUGAAGAUGUGGAGGCGGAACAAGAGCAAUGGGAUACCCUCGUUAAUGCAAUGAUGGACGCAGAUCUCAUAGAACUUCUAAGCCAAAACCUGACCCGAUUUGACGAAACAUCCGACAUGGAUAGGUCAGGAGUGUACUAUGUGUUGGGUGUGUUCGAGAAUCUGGCAUCGCAACAGUCCAUUGCAGAGAAGAUUGGUCAAGACUCGACCAUGCUGUCAUGGCUCCUAUCCCGCGCACAGAAGAAAGAGGUACCCGUGAGCCAGAACAAACAAUAUGCUGCUGAAAUUCUGGCAAUAUUAUUGCAAUCAUCUUCCAAAAACAGGGAAAAGUUCCUUGGUCUUGACGGCGUGGACACUCUCCUCCAACUUCUAAGUCAAUAUCGCAAACGCGAUCCUGAAAAGGACUCCGACGAAGAAGAGUACGUGGAGAAUCUGUUUGACUGUCUAAUUUGUCUUGUCGACGAGGAUGCUGGCAAGAACAAAUUCUUGGACGCCGAAGGAGUUGAGCUUGCACAGAUCAUGCUCAAGGAAGGGAAAUUUAGCAAGCAGCGCGCUCUGAGGGCUUUGGACCAUGCAUUAGGUGGAGUGGGUGGUGCACCUGCCUGUGACCGAUUGGUGGAAGUAGCGGGUUUGCGUACAGUCUUCGGAAUGUUCAUGAAAAAGCAAGAGAAUCAGAAUAUAGAACACCUUCUAGGCAUCUUUGCCUCUCUUCUGCGGCUUUUACCCGGAGGCUCCGCAGCACGCAUCCGUACCCUGGCCAAGUUCAUGGAGAGAGAAUACGAAAAGAUUGACAAGCUGGUCAGGCUCAGACGGGAUUAUGCCUCGAGAGUAACACCGGUUGAGCAGGCCAUCGAAAAAGAGAAGAACAACUUCGACAAAGAAGAACAAGAAAUCAUGGCACCCGAAUGGCUUUCGCGACGCUUCGAUGCCGGUCUCUUCUCUAUACAGCUCAUUGAUGUCAUUUUGGCAUGGCUUGUGGCCGAAGAUGAUGGGGCUAAACAGAAGGUGGUUACGCUUCUCAAGGACCGUGACGAAGACUUGUCCCUGAUCCGAGGGACACUGCAAGAGCAAGUCGAGGUACUGUCGGAGGAUGGGCCUGGGCAGAAGGACCAUAAGGAAAUGCUUGAAACACUUCUGCAAUUUGUUUGA